GAAGAUCAUGAUGGCAUUUCGACGCAUUGGAAUUUGAAUGAAAAAUUGAAACACGAUCGACAUAAGAUUGUUAGGUUGCGGAAGACGGUCAAUGCACAAAGAACUUCGAUAAAUCAGAGAAAUCGAAUCGUCAAGAUAAUCAAGGGGCAUGAAGAAAACGUGUCAAGAAUUUAUGGGGUUAUUAUAAGUAGUUUUGUCAAUAUGGUAGGCUCAUUACGACUUGCAUAUUAUUUAUUGCAACACGCGUCCUGUUAUGAAUGGGGAAGGUGGGGAAUUUUUAAUGAUAUUUAUUUGGAAUUUGUGACGAUCGUGAUCGUUGCGUUGGGAUUUUUGUAA